GCGCCGCCGUCGAGGUGCAGCACCAGCAGCAGCAGCAGCAGCGCUCACUCGACCGCGCAGCCGCAGCCGCAGCCGCGGCGCGGAACGUCCUGGCACCUCGUGCUCCUGCCGAGCACCUACAGGGAUCCCAGGGUCACGCGGGAGCACGUGGCCAG